AUGGAAGAAGAAGCUAAUGGACACGGCAAGUUCGCUAAUAGCUCUUACAAUGAACGUCCCUACCGUUUAGACAAUGAAACGUCACUAAGAUUUUCUAAGGCAUACUUUUCUAAGAAACAACCCUACCGUUUAGGCAAUGAAACGUCACUAAAAUUUUCUCAGAAACGUCGUCAUCAGAAAACACCAUUGCAGCGUCCCGAGCCAAUUAUCAAUGAUCAGGAUGCGGACGGCGUCGACGGAUUUGUUUCCGCAAAUAAUAAUCAUGGCGAAAGCCAUAAUGUUCAACUUGCGGAAGUCAAUAAUAUCCAUCAGACCAUUCCGAAUUUAUAUCAACUUGUUGAAUUGUGUUUGGACAAAAGCACUACAAGUUCCGAGCGAAGUGAUUCUCUAGUGAACAAGGCCAUUAUUCAUCCAGAAAAACUGGAAAAAGUCUGUAAUAAGUUGACUCCUGGGAGUUGUCGAUCGGUCUCUGAUAUACAAUUUAAACAAUUGGCAGACGUCAAUAUUCAACUAGUUGGUUGUUACGGAAAUUGUAAAAUUAUUUCUAAACUGUUGCUUCAAAACAAUGUCAUCGACAAAGAUAGAUACGAGAAAUUUAUUAAAGGCGAACAAACAUUGGCUACCGGGCUUUAUUUGUUAAUUAUUGAGUCGAAUAUGAAUUUCCAGCAGUCGCAGAAAACUACAGUGGGAGUCAGUACAAAGUUUGGUUUUGUAAUCUUGUGGCUGGAAAAGCAGUUUUACGAUGAAAAAGAAAUAUCGACAAGCGCAACAAACCUUCACCGAUUUCUUACACGAUUGACGGAUCAUCAAAUCUGCUUAAUGAGUGAAGAAGAUUUAAGAAAUUUUUCCUUUUCCGUAAAUACAACAAGUCGAAACAGGAUUGUUAACAAUAAAGUUAAAACAGGCCCACAACAAGAAAAAGGCGGUUUAGUUGAAAAAAAUAAAUUUCAGAUCAAGGUACCAGAAUUGGCCAUAUGUAAUGGAGAUCCAUCAAAAGCUUUCAUCAUAGAAUCAAAUGCUCUACAAUCCUUGGCUAUUAUGCGAAACAUUAGUGAAUCCACAACUCUGUCAGAAACAAUGAAAUUUGGCUCUUUUGAUGAAUUAGAAUUCCAAAAGUUCUUGAAAAAGAAGUUGGAUGAAGAACAUUAUGCUUUGAGUUUAAGUGAUUUGAGUGGAAAUGAACUAGUUCUUUUGAUUGAAAAGGGUUUAGCUAAACCUGAACUUUCAGUUGAAUAUAGGAAUCAAAUAUCAGAUUUGAGAAAACAAAGGAAUAAAAAAAUUGAUGAGUACAAAAAAAUAGUAAAUCAACAGGCUCUUUUAAUUCUGGAAAGUUAUGAAAGACUAUUUGAAAAAAAGCCUCUUAGUGUCUGCUCAUUUUUAAUAGAGGACAGCUCUGAGGUUUAUGCUGGACAUGCAGAAGUUUGUAAAGACAUAGAGGCUAAUAUUUUACAAAUUGAUAGCGAGGAAUGGAAGUCAUUGAAGUAUAAUUUUUAUAUUUACAAUGAAUAUAAAAGGAAACAACAGACUAAUUAUAAUUCAUUAUUUAAAAAUUUGUUGCAAUUCCUAAACUUUCCUGGAAUAGAAAAAAAAGAGAUUGAAAAUAUACCAGAUGCCAGCUUUAUUGCUGAUAUAGUACACAGUGAAAGCGAAGAUGUUAUUAAAAUACUUCGAAAAGAGUAUCAACAUUGGAAGAAUGACGAGAAUAUUAACAAAAAACUGGAUGAAUUAGAAGCUGAAAAUUUAAGAAAAAAACUUGAAUUAAUGUAUCCCAUUGGUAGUGGAGAGAAAAUGUUUGUCAAAAAAGUGCAACGUCGAAAAAAUAUAUUUUUUAAUAUUAAGCGAUAUGAGUUUCAGUAUGUCAUUGAAGUAGCCAAACCCUCCCUUUGUGAACUAAGAAUAUUGGAAUUGCCAAGUAGUUAUAUCAGAAGACUCAAAGCAAAUGUCAAUUACACAAACACGAGUUUAUUGAAUGCAUAUCAAAAAAUCUUGUAUAUAAAUGCGAGAUUUGAAAUCAAGAAAAUUUGCCAACUGGAUAAUGGAAAAUUCGUUCUAAUUUUGUGGGACACCGAAAAAAAUGAUUAUGCUAUCUUUUAUGGAACGCUUCCUGAACUAAAGGAGGAAUUCAAACGUAAUUCAAUGCCGUCUCGGAUCAGACUAAUGGACGAGCCCAAGAAUUCGCUGAUUACAGUAAAUUACUCAACGGGUCUUAUGGCAACGUACAAUAACGAUGAACAUGAUCUUAAUAUUUACACUAUUUACAAUGUUGAGCACAAAAUGCGUCCGCUACAUUCAAAUCUCGUACGGAAAUUUCAGUUAUCAACACUUAAGCGCCUCUUGUGGAUCAGUGAAUCUUCAAUGCUCUUUGUUAAAGAAGACGGAAAAGCUUAUACGUUCGACUACAACGAUUGCUAUUUAAAUUAUUUUGAAAAAUUUUCCAAGGAUGCAGCCUCUGUCCUAAGCUCACCAAAUUCUUCUUGUAUAUUUGUACUCGAGCCAAAGACUACAAAUCCGACAGGUAGCAAUAUUGAAGGAGGCAACCACUUAGCUAAUGCUGGCCCAGCAGUUCCUGCCAAAACAGAUGAAAAUACAGUACAGGCGCUUAUAUAUUUUGUAAAUCAAGAUAAAGACUGA